GGUUCCAUAUCUUGCUUUGUUUUCCUCUAGGUUUUCAAAACAUCUCUGAUUUUCUGUCGUUUUUGACUUGUCUGAAAGUCACUGCGAUAUUAGAAGCCAUGGGAACUCAAGCGCAGAACGUUCAGAGUAGCUAUGCCCGGACAGAUAUUGAUGAAAAAUUAGCGAAGCAGAAGGAACUUGAUGACUGGCUUCCAAUCACAUCUUCAAGGAAUGCUAAAUGGUGGUAUUCUGCCUUCCACAAUGUCACGGCUAUAGUCGGAGCCGGUGUCCUCAGUCUUCCCUAUGCCAUGUCAGAACUUGGAUGGGGUCCUGGGGUGGUAGUUCUAGUGUUGUCAUGGAUCAUCACAUUGUACACUCUAUGGCAAAUGGUUGAGAUGCACGAGAUGGUUCCAGGGAAACGUUUCGACAGAUAUCAUGAACUUGGUCAGCAUGCUUUUGGAGAAAUGCUUGGUCUCUACAUUGUCGUGCCUCAACAACUUGUUGUUGAAGUUGGUACGGACAUUGUGUAUAUGGUCACCGGUGGAAAAUCACUCAAGAAGUUCCAUGACACCGUCUGCUCCUCCUGCAAAGACAUCAAGCUGACUUACUUCAUCAUGAUAUUCGCCGCGCCUCAUUUCUUACUUUCCCACUGUCCAAAUUUCAACUCCAUCUCCGUUGUCUCUUUGGCUGCUGCAGUUAUGUCCUUGAGUUACUCUACAAUUGCUUGGGGAGCUUCUGCACACAAGGGUGUUCAGAAUGGUGUGGACUAUGGCUACACAGCCAAGACUACUUCGGAAACCGUCUUCAACUUCUUUAGCGCACUCGGAGACGUAGCUUUUGCCUAUGCUGGGCACAAUGUGGUCCUUGAGAUCCAAGCAACUAUUCCAUCCACUCCCGAGAAGCCCUCAAAAGGACCAAUGUGGAGAGGAGUCGUCAUCGCCUACAUAGUCGUCGCUUUGUGCUACUUCCCAGUCGCUCUUGUUGGAUAUUGGAUGUUUGGCAACAACGUGGACGACAACAUCCUCAUCUCGUUGGAGAAACCCACAUGGCUAAUUGCUAUGGCGAACAUGUUUGUUGUCAUACAUGUUAUUGGAGGCUACCAGAUUUACGCAAUGCCAGUGUUUGACAUGAUAGAAACUGCACUAGUCAAGAAGUUGCACUUUCAGCCUAGCUUCAUGCUACGUUUCACUGCACGUAACGUAUAUGUCGCCUUGACAAUGUUUGUUGCCAUCAGUUUUCCUUUCUUUGGUGGUCUUCUUGGAUUCUUUGGAGGAUUUGCUUUAGCCCCAACAACGUACUUUCUCCCCUGCAUCAUGUGGCUUGCCAUCUACAAACCAAAGAAAUUCAGCUUAUCUUGGUGGACCAACUGGAUUUGCAUCACACUUGGUGUACUUUUGUUGAUUGUGGCACCCAUGGGAGGACUAAGGCAAAUCAUACUCCAAGCCAAGAACUACAAGUUUUACUCUUAGAUUAUAUCUCUCUGUCCUAGGUAAAUCGGUAGUAAAUUAUAGGCAACUACGGGCUACAUACUGCAUUGGAAUGGACUCGUGUAAGUCAGUCAUAUAUUUUAAUAUGUUUUUCUAUUUCUUUGUCAAGUGUAUGCUUUCCACACCAGGUUCAUUGACGUCCAUUUGGUGCCUGAUGCGGAAGUUUUCGACGUCGGCGUGAAUGAUAGAAUGUGUUCUAGUGUUUGGUUUUUCUGUCAUGUGGUUUGGUUGGUACACACAUGAAAGAUAGUUUGUGGUUUGGUUGGUUGGUUUGUUGGUCGCCCGACGUACGAAGUAUUUGUUGUCGCUUCACGCCCGACGUAAAAGCUAGUCCAUGUAGUAGUAUUUGGUGUCUCUUUCUGUCGUUUAGUUGGUACAUGUUUGAACUAUUAGUUUUGCCUAUCCACACUUCUGAACUAUUUUAAUCAAACUGUUUUGUUUUUA